UUAUGGCGCUGGUUUAUUUGUUAGCAGCGGUGCUGCUAUUACAGUUUAGCGUGUUUUUAUACCCAUUUAUGAAAUUUAGACGUUUUAAAUAUGAAAUAGAACAUUUUCUAAUUGUAUUAGAGAGUGCUGUGAUGUUAUCUGAAUGGCUGUUAAACCCAAAAGCAGGCAAUAUUGUACAUUAAAGCAGGUUGAACAUGUUGGUAAACAUUUUGCAGCUUCAACCUUUUCCAUUAUUGUUCCUGAACAUUCUUUAAUAUUAUUAUUGUUUAAUUAUACAGUAAGUACCCGUCGUUUACAGGAAAAGUGUUUGUUGAAAGAGUUAAAACGGCAAAGCUAAAAAUAAGCAGUAAUGUAAUCAGUGAUAUUUUUGCCUGCAGUUUAAACUGUAAUUUCACAAAUAUAUUAAACUAAUGAAUAUCUACUGGUGCAGAUGUGUGUUUACAUUGAGCAAGUAUCUUAUUUGUAGCUUAUUUUAAAGUAGAUCAUUAAAUCCAGCACAAAACUGUUUAUAACCUCACUUUACUCAACAUGUUGACUUUACUUUUGGUGCAGGUUAAACUUCAGGCAGAUAAUCUAAGUACUGCAAAAGUUUCAUUAAAUUCUGUCCAGCCGUCGAUUUAAUUCAAAUUCAAAUUUUAUUUGUCACAUACACAGUCAUACACAGUACGAUAUGUAGUGAAAUGCUUAUACGACUGCCAUUGACCCUAAAAGAGAAUUAAAGUUUACAAUAAGAAAUAAAUAUGAAUAAAGAAAUACGAUAAAAAAAAUAAAAAAAAUAAAUUAAACUAGGAAAAAUAGAACUAAAAAUAAAAAUAUAAAUAUGCUAGGAAAAAUAGAAAUAAAAAUAAAAAUAGAAAUAUGAUGUACAUAAAAAUAGAAAUAUACUGUACAAAUUAAAAUAUACUGUACAAAUUUAAAUAUACUGUACUGGGUGUGCAAAUAUGCAUAGAACAAAGUGCCUUUGUGCAAAGGUUAUUAAAGUGACUUUGUGCACUGGUCCAGGAUGUAAACGUAAACAUGUAGUGUAGUUGUGAAGGUAGGUGUGCAAAGUUAUUAAAGUGUCUUUGUUCAAUGGUCCAGGAUGUAAACGUACAAUAUGUAGUGAUAUGAAGGAAGGUGUGCGUGUAAUUGUCCAUAGUGUCCAUGGAUGUAAAAGAUUGAUUGAUCAAUUAUAAAAGGUUGUGUUAGUUCUGCCUUGUGGUGUGGUUGUGGUUGAGAGAUCUUAUCGCCUGCGUAAACAGUCCGUUGUUGGGGUGGCUGAGGUCCUUCACGAUCUUCCUGGCCUUGGUCAAGCACCGCUUGCUGUAGAUCGAGUGCAGAUCAGGGAGCUCGAUGCGGAUGAUGCGCUCAGCUGAUCGCACCACCCUCUGUAGAGCUCAUCUGUCCCGCAUGGUGCUGUUCCCAAACCAGGUCGUGAUAUUUCCCGUCAGGAUGCUCUCUAAGGUGCAGGAGUAGAAAUUCUUGCACCUUGGAGGGCAGUCUAAAGUCUCUCAAGCUUCUGAGGUGGUAGAGACGCUGCCGGGCCUUCUUUACCACGGUGUUGAAGUGACAGGACCAUGCCAGGUCCUGCGUGAUGUGAACACCGAGGUAUCUGAAGCUGUCCACUCUCUCCACUGGGCUCCUGUUGAUGACGGGGGUCUGGUAGUUCCUCACCUGCUUUGUACUGAAGUCCACUAUCAGCUCCUUUGUCUUACUGACGUUCAGGAGGAGAUUGUUCCUCUGGCACUUAAGAUUUAAGACACGUCCACAGUUUGACACAUGCGCAGUAUGCUGUCAAAACUUGCGGUUUAUACUCUAGCACAUAACUGCUCAUAACUUCACUUCUACUCAACAUUUCGAUUUUUCGAUUUUUGGUGCAGGUUUAACUUUAGGCAAAUAUCUAAGAACUGUCAAAGUUUCAUUAAAUUCUGUCUGGCCAAUUUUGCAUUGUGCCGCAACAAAAUCUGGCUGAACAGAAAUACAGACAGACAGAAAAUUGACAUUCUAGUCCUCCAAUGUAUGAAACAUUAAGAAAUCACUGAACGAGUGAGUUCUGACCAAUUUACAGACAAAACAUUUCUUUUAUUGAUAUAGCUGUAGUCAUCUUCUUCUUCUUCUUUUUUGUUGUUUAAUAGCAGUUGGACUUACAUUACUGCCAACUGUAGCCAAAGACUUUAGAGACUUUCUGCCUUUUAACUUCCUUAAAAAAACAAACAAAUGAUGCAUCCUUCCCUCAUCUUGUCUUGUUCUGUGUCUUCAACUCUUCGUCUGCUUUCUCUGGUACUUCCACACACUUUUUGUCCUCGACACUUAUCCCUCUUAGUAGCACUCAGCAUUUAGUUGAAGUUUUGUGGGUUGUAGUUAGACUUCAUGACACCUUCAGAUUAAAGACGUUCAAUAGACUGACUAAUAUGACUAAACAGUAACUACUGUAUUGAUGAAGCUCUGAGCCUGUCAGUGUGUCAGGUUCACCACAGGUCUGAAGCUCAGUGAUGUCACUUAGAGUCCAUCUUACAACAAGAAAGUCAGUUAGAUAAUGCGAUUAGAGAACGACCCAAAGCAACACAAACUCGUCUUUGAUUGGUUUAAUAAAGAAAUGUUGUGUUGUUUUCCUAGUGUUCACGUGAGUUCACAAGUGCAGAUCCUAACGGUUUGAGAUGCUGUGAGGUGAAGAAGGCUGUUCAUGCAGGAAAUCCCAUAAACAUUGAUGAAUAUCGAUAUAAAGAUCAUUUAACUCAUAAUGGCAAUCCCUAUUGCAAUCCUGGACUGUGACCUGUUGCUCCAUGGCCGGGGGCACAAAACCCUGGAUCGUUUCGACAUCGAAAACGUCUCAGAUGAGUUUCUGUUGACGACCUUCGGCUUCCCGCGCGAGUUCAUCUAUUACUUGGUGGAGCUGCUGAAGGAAAGCUUGUUAAGACGCACUCAGAGGUCACGAGCGAUCAGUCCUGAUGUUCAGAUCCUUGCUGCUUUGGGUUUCUACACAUCGGGCUCCUUCCAGAGCAAGAUGGGAGACGCUAUCGGCAUCAGCCAGGCCUCUAUGAGUCGCUGCGUCUCCAAUGUCACCAAAGCUCUGAUCGAGAAAGGCCCAGAGGUCAUCAGCUUCAACAGGGACGAGGCCACAAAGCAGCAGACGAAAGAAGAGUUCUACAGAGUGGCAGGGAUUCCUAAUGUCCUGGGAGUGGUGGACUGUGCGCACAUAGCGAUUAAAGCACCUAACGCAGAGGAUUCGUCUUAUGUUAAUAAGAAAGGCUUCCACUCCAUUAACUGCCAACUGGUUUGCGACGCCCGAGGGAUGCUGCUUAGUGCAGAGACACAUUGGCCUGGCGGUCUAACAGACCGAGCUGUUUUUAAACAGUCUAGCGUGUGCAAGCUGUUUGAGGAGCAGAUCAACCACGAGGGCUGGCUUUUAGGAGACAAUCGCUACCCCCUGAGAAAGUGGUUGAUGACCCCAGUUCCAAAUCCCGAGACUCCUGCAGAUUACCGCUACAACCUGGCUCACAUGACGACGCACGAGAUCGUAGACCGCACGUUCCGCGCUCUACAGACGCGCUUCCGAUGCCUCGAUGGAGCCAAAGGUUAUUUGCAGUACUCGCCUGAGAAAUGUUCUCACAUCAUCCAAGCGUGCUGCGUCCUCCAUAACGUCUCGCUGCAGUCCGGACUGGACGCCUGGACCUUUGAGAGGACUGAGGCCACGGACCAAUCAGAAGAGAGCAGUGAUCUGAAGGAUAAAGUGGACCUGGAGGCACAGAGAGUUCGACAGGAACUGAUCCAGAAUCACUUCAGCUAGAGCUGGCAGGGACAGACCUACAGAGAAGGCAUGAUGUCUCAGCGAGGAGUGCGCUCUUUUAUAUAUAUAUAUAUAUAUAUAUAUAUAUAUAUAUAUGAUUCUUAUAGGAUUUAGAGUGUUUGGAGACAAUUUAAAGGAACGUAAUGUCUUGUUGAUUUGUGGAUGUCAUUGUAGGAAUGAUGUAAAUGAGAAUACAUUGUUUUCGGAUUGAACAAAUACCAAUACACGUGAAUAUGUGCCGUAUGCAUGUUUUUUUUAUAAGAAAGUUUGCCAGAAAACUGAACAUUGUGAUGAGACGUAAGAAAAAGCACAACGUGAUUCGAUAUAGGAUUGCAGGUUCAUCAUUAUUUUUUACCAUGACUUUUCUCAGUUUAGGUUUUAUUGAAAUACAGUUGUUCUUUUGUUGAAAUCCCAAUAAAACUAUUAUGUGAGACAAAUUACAGAAGCACAAAUAAAAAAAACAAUGUGCGUGGAUUGCAGAUGCAUCCUCCUUAUGCAAAACAAACAUUAUCAGAUAAUAUCUCUUUGAUUAGUUGGAAGCUUAAAUUGAUUAAUGUUUGAUCAUCAACAUCAUUUACGUAAAACCAAACAUUCAGGCUUUGGACAAAGCAGGACACUUCUGUUCUUUAGGUUUCCUUAAGGUGUAGUGAUUUAACAGUGGAACACUUAAUUAACUCAAAUCUUCCUAGAAUAUUUUAGCCAUUAUCAUUAAAUAUCACAUAAAGGACCUCAGUUUAGAACAGCAGCUUGAUAAACACAUCUCGUUAAGAUUUCUGAUCUUUCCAGGACAUAAAAAAUAUAAACAUCAUUUC